UUUGGCUGACAGUAAACUAAGGGACAGUAUGAACAUAUCAUCAACGCUCUAGGCAGUAAUCACAUCACUGACUGAGAUAGAUAUCAGUGGAAAUCAGAUGGGAGAUCUUGGGGCUAGAAUGUUGUCUAAAGCUUUACAGAUUAACAAUAAACUGAAGGCAAUCUACUGGGAUAAAAACAACACAACAUCACAGGGAUUUGAAGAUGUAGCAGAUGCUUUAGAAAAAAAUUUUACAUUGAGAAAGAUGCCAAUGCCAGUAUUUGAUGCUAGUGUCAACCCAGAGAGAAAUGAACAAGCUUUACAAAGGAUAGAGAGAUUAUUACAACGUAAUCAUAGUCCACAGAAAUACUCGUCUGAUCAGGCCUACAGAUUACAGCAAGGAUUCCUCAUCAGUUCUACACAACAGAUGGUAGAUAGACUGGUCGUACAAUCACAGGAUACAAUCAAUGCCCUGGAGUCAAUGAACGCCCUACAGCCAUGUAGUGGGGAUAUUGAUGUAGCAAAGGCUUUAAUAAAAGAUGCUGAUAACUCUAAAACAUUGUUACCAAGACUACGUGACAUUGCCAUACAGUCACAGAACACGAGUAGCCCGGUGGCUGCUAAACUGAAGGAAAUCUCAGAGGAACUUAAAAAAGUUCUUGAAUCUCAAAUGAAGAAAACUGUACAAGACAUGUUGGAUGCUGCAAGUAAUCAGUGCAAAGCCUUGAUGAAAGAUGAGAAAUUUUUAUUAGACCUGCAGUCAGGAUGUGUUGAAAAGAGUUCAUUGCCAAAAGAUUUUACCAGUAAUAUUCUCAAUGAUGUGGACACUGACAUCUUUAAUGAACUCAGUGAAUUAAACCUGGCAGUGGCAGCACAUGUAUCAGACCAACUUAUUGAAGAAGUUAUAGAACGUCUGUCUUUCUCACAUAAAACUCUGACCAAUCAUUUAAAUGAGAGAAAGAAAGAUGCUGGACGUAGGAGUCAGGUGACAGAGAGCAAGAAGGAAGAUCAGAACGAGGCUAAUUUACGUAGUAAAUCCCCACAGCCAUACUUACAUACGCUCCGUGUGGAAGCUUUAAGGGAUUCUCCUAAAAUGAAGGACAAGAGGAAAAGUAUGCAUGCCAGAAAGAUACGACCACAGUCAGUGAUCGACAGAGAUCAUGUUCAGCUUGCUUUGGAUGCAGAUAGAAAACGACCUACAACAGUGCCUCAGGCUACCAGAUCUGGGUCAAGGUCACCUAAAAAUAGGUCACAGAAACCUUUAAAUGCCAAAGAUCGGUCUCAAGAAAAUGAACAUCUUAAUACUGUUAAGACACCAUUGGUGACACCAAGGUCACUUAAACCUGACUCAAGGUCACCAAGUGUAUCCCCAAGGUCAACUUCACCAGUGCCCUCUAUUUCGGUGACCUAUACAGAUGUAGGUGACCUUGGCACAGGUCAGGAGCAUAUAUAUGACAAUGCAGUCCCUCAAUCGAGGCAUAGAAAGCAUCGUGGUGAUAAAAGGGAUUUGCAGGAUGGAUUAGAAGGACCAGGACCUAAUAUCCAAUCAAAACCUUUACCAGCUAGUGCUACACUUCCAGAUUUACAAAAUAUUGAAUUGAAUCCUGAAGCACCUAAAUUGACUCAUGUUAACAAAGAUCGAGCUCGUAGACCGAAGAAUGUUCGCCCAACCACCAGACAGUCGGGGAUGCCAAGAACUCGAUCUGAAAACACAAUUAAGGUUGAUGAAAAUGUUGAGGAUUUCUUCUCUAAACCGUCAACACCAUCUCUCACAAGUGUAUCGGAGAAGAAAGAGGAGACGCCAAGUAAGAGUUCCAGUACAAAAUCAACACCAGAAAGUAAGAAAAAAAUGGGAGGAAUAUUUAACUUUGGUCACAAAGACAAAGAACAAAAAGACACAAAAGCAAAGGAGUCUAAAAAGGGAGGUUUAUUGUCAAGACUUCACGGCAGCAGCUCCCCAAAAUCCAGCCCAUCUCCAAAACAUACCAGGAUAUCAGAUGUUCAGGAAGAGCCUGAAGAUUCAUCCAACAAUAACAAUGCUCUUUCAAGAAGUUCAAAGGAAAAGCCUUCACCACGAGGAAGUAUGGACAAAAAAUCAGAGAAACCAAAGAAUGAGCCAACAGCAAGCCUACCAAAAACUGCUGCAGAAAAUGUUUCAUUGAGUGGUAGUUUAGGCAAAAAAUCUGAUAAAUCUGACAGUAUCAGUGAAAAAUCUGUUGAAUCACUUAGUUUAAGUACAAAGUCUGAUAAAUCCAACAGCCUUGACAGAAAAUCUGACAAGUCAGGGGACAAGUCACCUGUUAUUGUUGAAGAAAACAAGUCUGAGGAUAACGAGGAUUCUGAUAAAUCAGAGAGCGGAUCAAGUAGUGAAAGUGAACCAGAAGAAGACACCAAGAAAGAAUCUAGUAAAGAGAUGGAGAAUGGUGAUGUGAAGAAGGAAGUAAAGACACCUCUGCAACCACCGAGAACUAAGAGAUCAUUUAGUAAAGCAGAUGCUAAAAAGGAGACUGCCACAAAUGAAACUGUGAAAGACAAUGCAGAAGAAAAAGAAAAUACAAAGGCUGAGAAAGAAAGCAAAGAGACAGAAGAAACAAAUGAUAAAAACAAAGAAGAAGUUAAGGAAGAAUCUAAAGCAGAAGCAGAAAGUGAGAAAGAUAAAGAGGAAUCAGACAAAGUUGAUGAGACCAAGCCAUUGAGUGUACCUAGAAAACCUGGUAUGCCAGGAGGUAUUGGAUUUGGUGUGAAUAUAAUGGCUGAUUUGAAGGCAAAGCAGGAGAAAAGAAGGUCCCAGAUGCCCAGCAAGCCUACUGCAUCAGAUAAAACAGAAAGCCAAAGUUCUGCAACUGAAGAAAAGAAAUCACCAUUUGGUUUACACAGCCUGAAACCAGUAUCAAAGACUGUACCAAAAGAGAACAAUAAUCUACCUGUAAAACCUUCAGAUAACAAAUCCAGUGAUACAGUAAAAACUGCAGCAGACGUACCACUUAAAUCUAGAGCAGGAAGUGGAAGUUCUGACACUAAAACUGUAACUCCUCCCCCUAAAGCAGAUGUAAAGGUCACUAAGAACAAUUCUAUAAAAGAUUCUGCAGCUGAUAAACCAUCUGUGACACCUAGACCAGGUUUGAACAAACCUCCUCCUCCAACCCGACCAAAACCACCAGUUGCCAGUAGCAAGCCCACUCCAGCUCCACGAAAAAGUCUGUCUAGCUCAGAAAGUACUGAGAAUGUACGCUAUAGACACUCAUAUGAAGAUGACAAGAAGCCUGCUGAAAGUGGUGUUGUCUAUGACUCAGCCACCCUGAAAAUGUCAGUCAAAGACAAAAUAUCAAAGUUCAAAUCUCCGGGAAAUGAAAGUGAGGCUGGCAAAGGGAAAUCACUCUCCCAGUCAGAGAAAAAACAUGAUGUAGUUCUAAGAGACAGUAAGAAAAAUGAUUCACUGCCAUCAGAUACACAGGAAAUUUCACAUAAGAGGUCCUCCUCUCUACCAAGGAAUACAACUCCAUCAGAUAUGAAAAAAGGGGAAACAACUGAAGCUGGUGACCUUGACAUUAGAAAGGUUCAGGAUGCUAUGACAGACAGUGGUAUUGGUGAUGACUCGCCCAAAACAUCUGUAAAAGAUGCACUCUCUAAAUUUGACAGCAAUGAUGUAGGGCUGAGGAAACAUGGCUCUCUACCCAGACAGGGUAAACAGAUUGAUUCUCUCAAAGAGAAUUCUGACAGUCCUAAACGUCCUCAAUCAAUGUUUGCUGCCCUAGGAAAUCGUGCUGAAUCCAAGAAACAUGUUGAUAAUAAAGAAGAAAUAGCAGAAGAGAAUGAUCAAGACCCAGCCACUGAAGAAAUACUUGUCUGAUGUUAUCAUGUCAUUGAGAACUAUAAAUAACUUUGGUUGCCAUAGAC